CAUGAAAAUUAUAAAUCUCAGUAAUUUACAUAUUCUCUAUGGCUUCUGUUCUUCUUGCCUUAUUCUUCAGCUCAAUUCUCAUAUUUUCGAUUAUUUCACCAGGCAAUGCGCUGAGUUUGAAUUACUACAAAGAAACAUGUCCCGAUGUUGACUCCAUUGUUAGAGAUGCAGUCAAGAAAGCUGCCAUGAAAGAUAAAACAGUCCCUGCAGCUCUGCUUCGCAUGCAUUUCCAUGACUGUUUUAUAAGGGGCUGUGAUGGGUCUGUGCUGUUAAGUUCCAAAGGCAGCAACAAAGCAGAGAAGGAUGGACCUCCAAAUGUUUCUUUGCAUGCUUUUUACGUCAUUGACAAUGCCAAGAAAGAAGUGGAAGCUUCGUGCCCUGGGGUGGUGUCUUGUGCUGAUAUUUUGGCAUUAGCAGCAAGGGAUGCAGUUGUACUAUCUGGAGGACCAACAUGGGACGUCCCAAAAGGAAGAAAAGAUGGAAGAACAUCAAAAGCAAGCGAAACAAUACAAUUGCCAGCUCCAACUUUUAACAUCUCUCAGCUCCAGCAAAGCUUCUCCCAAAGAGGCCUGUCCAUGAGUGAUCUAGUUGCUCUUUCAGGUGGUCAUACUCUAGGGUUUUCUCACUGUUCAUCCUUCAAAAACAGAAUAUACAAUUUCAAUGCUACUCAUGACAUAGAUCCCACCAUGAAUCCAUCAUUUGCUGCAAUGUUAAGGAGUAUUUGCCCAAAAAAGAAUAACCCUAAGAACGCAGGUUCCACCAUGGACCCUUCUUCAACGACCUUUGAUAACACAUAUUUCAAGUUGAUCCUACAAGGGAAGGUCCUGUUCUCUUCAGACCAAACUCUGCUCACGAGUACUAGGACUAAAGCUUUGGUCUCAAAUUUUGCUAGUUCAAAGGAAACUUUCUACAAAGCGUUUGUGAAAUCCAUGAUCAAAAUGAGUAGCAUCACAGGAGGCCAGGAGGUUAGGAAGGACUGCAGGGUGGUAAAUUAAUAUAAGAAUUUCUUGGCUAAUCAAUUAUUUCUACACUAUCCGAUCAUGGGAAAUAUAUCUAUCAACUUAUGAUAAUUGUCAUAAUUUACGGUUUGCCUUCAAGAAAAGAAAUAUUUCGUGUUGCAUUUUAACAAAA